AUGCGCAUCAAGCACGUUGUUCCUAAGGCCUGCACCAAGUGUCUUGCGGAUGGGCAUGACGAUGAUUCUCGCGAUAGUAAGAUAGGAGGCCGGAAUGUCCAGAUUGUACAAGAGAUACUGAAGAAGAUAACCGCGCCGUAUAUAUAUUCCGACGAUACGAGACUUCAGACGCACCUUGAAGUACUAGGGCAAUGUGUCUUCUGCCCUCUUCAUAGAGACAAGGAAAAGCCAGAGAGCGUCAGAAAAUGGAUGGCUAAAAUUCAGGCUAUUCGCCCUCUUAUCAAACUAACACAGUCAAUAUCAACAGCCCCAGCCGCAGCUAUGAAUGCCUCUCCCAAGCAACUUAUUCGAGAUGACAUCCCCGCCCUUGCACAUAUUGAGCAGAUAGGGUAUGACACCUCCCCAUUCACGGUUGUCGAUCGAUGUAGUCCGAAUUUUGUCAAAUGUACACAGACAGCGUUGAAGUCCAGAUCAGGAUCACCGGAGGGAUAUGUCUAUGCAUAUGAAGUCGAGGGAAAUCCAGGCUUCGUGAAGAUCGGUUACACGGGCUCCACGAGCCAGACAAGAUUCAAAGACAUUGCCUUCAUGUGCAACAGGAAGCCGAUGGAGCUUUAUCCUAUGCCAACGGACACAGAAAACAAAAUUAAAAACCCUAAAGUAGUCGAGGCCUUGUGCCACGCGCAGCUGCGGGAGCACCAGGUAAUAGUUGACUGUGAUGCCUGCUUGCGGAAACACAGAGAAUGGUUUCGUGUCGCCCCCGAGGAUGCAAUUGGCGCUAUUCAGAAGUGGUCGAUUUGGAUGGAGAAAUUUACAGUGGAGUCGAACUGGAGGAAGAGGUUAGACGAUAAAAUGGAGAAGACGAAGGAUUUGGGGCGGCUAUUGAAGGAGUUGGAAGGAGAAACUCUAGGAGCACUUUCUACCCCAAGCAGACCUGACUGUCGGCGUCGUUUGCUGCCUAGUUCGUAG